UGUGGGAACUGAGGCAACACCUAAAACUGAUCUAAGAACUUUUGUACAUUUUAUGUAGCCAAAUAGCUAAACGCGUUUUGAGCUACCUUUAGACAGAGACGAAUAAAUCAAUCAAGUUUACAUAACAUGUCAAAGACAGCGGCGGAGGCACCGUCUAAUUUAGUGUUUUUUGUCAAUGGCAAAAAGGUAGUGGAUAGCAAUCCCGAUCCGGAAUGCACGCUGCUCAGCUAUCUGCGCGACAAGCUGCACCUGUGCGGCACCAAGCUGGGCUGCGGCGAGGGAGGAUGUGGCGCAUGCACCGUUAUGAUCUCGCGCCUGGAUCGGCGCAGCAAUCAGAUACAGCACCUGGCCGUGAAUGCCUGCCUGACGCCCGUUUGCGCGAUGCACGGCUGUGCGGUGACCACUGUGGAGGGUAUUGGCAGCACACGCACCCGGCUGCAUCCGGUCCAGGAGCGUCUGGCCAAGGCGCACGGCUCACAGUGCGGCUUCUGCACGCCCGGCAUUGUGAUGUCCAUGUACGCGCUGCUGCGCAACGCGGAGCAGCCAUCAAUGCGCGAUCUUGAGGUGGCCUUCCAAGGGAAUCUCUGUCGCUGCACCGGCUAUCGGCCCAUCCUGGAGGGCUACAAGACAUUCACCAAGGAGUUCGCCUGCGGCAUGGGCGACAAGUGCUGCAAACUAAGUCGCAAGGCAUGCGGCGGCGCGAGCAACACAGAUGACAAGCUCUUCAAGCCCAGUAAGUUCCAGCCCUUCGAUCCCAGCCAGGAGCCCAUCUUUCCGCCGGAGCUGCAGCUGACAGCCGCGUAUGACGAGGAGAGUCUGGUCUUCCGCUCGGACCGAGUGACCUGGCAUCGACCGACGCAGCUGAAGGAGCUACUCCAACUGAAGGCUGACCAUCCGGCGGCCAAGCUAAUUGUAGGCAACACCGAGGUGGGCGUGGAGGUGAAAUUCAAGCACUUUCUCUACCCCGUGCUCAUCAAUCCGACGAAAGUGCCCGAGCUGCUGGAGGUGCGUGAGUCGGAGGAGGGCGUCUACUUCGGUGCCGCCGUUAGCAUCAUGGAGAUCGAUGCAUAUCUGCGCAAGCGCAUCGAGGAGCUGCCCGAGACGCAGACGCGCCUCUUCCAGUGCGUUGUCGACAUGCUGCAUUACUUUGCCGGCAAGCAGAUCCGCAAUGUGGCGUGCCUGGGCGGGAACAUAAUGACCGGCAGUCCCAUCUCCGACAUGAAUCCCAUACUGACGGCAGCUGGUGCUCGCCUGGAGGUGGCCAGUCUGGCCGGAGGCAGGCGCACGGUGCACAUGGGCGCCGGCUUCUUCACCGGCUAUCGACGCAAUGUCAUCCAAGCCGAUGAGAUUCUGCUGGGCAUCUACUUGCAGAAGACCACGCCGGAUGACCAUGUGGUGGCCUUCAAGCAGGCGCGCCGCCGCGACGACGACAUUGCCAUCGUCAAUGCGGCAGUCAACGUCAAGUUCCAGGCAGGCUCCAAUGUGGUUGAGCGCAUCCAGAUCGCAUUUGGUGGCAUGGCACCCACCACGGUGCUGGCGCCGCGCACCUCGGAGCUGAUGGUGGGCCAGCCCUGGAGCCAGACAUUGGUGGAGCGCGUGUCGGAGAGUCUGAGCAAGGAGCUGCCCUUGGAUGCCUCAGCUCCCGGGGGCAUGAUCGCUUAUCGUCGCGCCCUAGUUGUCAGCCUGUUCUUCAAAUCCUACCUGGCCAUCAGCCGAAAGCUGUGCGACUCCGGCAUCAUGUCGCCGCAGGCACUGCCCCAAAAGGAGCUCAGUGGCGCCGAUAAGUUCCACACGCCCGCUCUGCGCAGCUCCCAGCUGUUCGAGCGCGUUGCCAACGAUCAGCCGAGCCACGACCCGAUCGGUAAGCCAAAGGUGCAUGCAUCCGCCCUGAAGCAGGCCACCGGCGAGGCCAUCUACACGGAUGACAUACCGCGCAUGGAUGGAGAACUCUACUUGGCCCUUGUGCUGAGCACCAAGGCGCACGCCAAGAUCACCAAGCUGGAUGCCAGCGAAGCAUUGGCCUUGGAGGGCGUGGAAGCCUUCUUCAGCGCCAACGAUCUGACCAAGCAUGAGAACGAGGUGGGGCCUGUGUUCCAUGAUGAGCACGUCUUCGCCAACGGAGUGGUGCACUGCCAUGGCCAGAUUAUAGGCGCCAUAGUUGCGGCCAACCAGACGUUGGCCCAACGCGCCGCACGGCUGGUGCGCGUGGAGUACGAGGAGCUGCAGCCGGUGAUUGUCACCAUUGAGCAGGCGAUCGAGCACAAGUCCUACUUUCCCCACUAUCCCCGCUAUGUGACGAAGGGCGAUGUGAAGCAGGCCUUUGCUGAGGCGGACCACGUCCAUGAGGGCAGCUGCCGCAUGGGCGGCCAGGAGCACUUCUAUCUGGAGACCCACGCCGCUGUGGCUGUGCCCCGGGACAGUGACGAACUGGAGCUGUUCUGCUCCACCCAGCAUCCGUCGGAGGUGCAGAAGCUGGUCUCGCACGUGGUCAAUCUGCCGGCCAAUCGCAUCGUUUGUCGCACCAAGCGUCUGGGCGGUGGCUUCGGUGGCAAGGAAUCUCGUGGUCUGAUGGUGGCACUGCCCGUCGCCUUGGCUGCCUAUCGACUGAAGCGUCCUGUGCGCUGCAUGCUGGACCGGGGUGAGGAUAUGCUCAUGACCGGCACACGGCAUCCUUUCCUCUUCAAGUACAAGGUGGGCUUCAGCAAGGAGGGUCUGAUCUCGGCCUGCGAGAUCGAGUGCUACAACAACGCCGGCUGGUCCAUGGAUUUGUCCUUUUCGGUGCUGGAGCGUGCCAUGUACCACUUCGAGAACUGCUACCGCAUCCCGAACGUGCACGUCGGUGGCUGGGUGUGCAGAACCAACCUGCCCUCGAAUACGGCCUUUCGCGGCUUCGGCGGGCCGCAGGGCAUGUUCGCCGGGGAGCACAUCAUCCGCGACGUGGCGCGUAUUGUGGGCCGCAACGUGCUGGACGUGAUGGAGCUGAACUUCUACAAGACAGGCGACUAUACACACUACAAUCAGCAGCUGGAACGCUUUCCCAUUAGGCGCUGCUUCGCGGAUUGCCUCAAGCAGUCGCGCUACUACGAGAAGCAAGCUGAGAUCACGACCUUCAAUCGGGAGAAUCGCUGGCGCAAGCGUGGCAUUGCCCUGGUGCCCACCAAAUAUGGUGUCGCCUUUGGCGUCAUGCAUCUGAACCAGGCGGGCGCACUCGUCAACAUCUAUGCCGAUGGAUCCGUCCUGUUGUCCCAUGGCGGCGUGGAGAUUGGACAGGGGCUGAACACCAAGAUGCUGCAGUGUGCCUCUCGAGCCCUGGGCAUUCCCAUCGAGCAGAUACACAUUUCAGAGACGGCCACCGACAAGGUGCCCAACACCUCGCCCACAGCGGCCAGCGUGGGCUCCGAUUUGAACGGCAUGGCCGUGCUGGAGGCUUGCGAGAAGCUGAAUAAGCGGCUGGCGCCCAUUAAGGAGGCCCUGCCUCAGGGCACUUGGAAGGAGUGGAUCACCAAGGCGUACUUCGACCGGAUCAGCCUGUCGGCCACUGGCUUCUAUGCCAUUCCCGACAUAGGCUAUCACCCGGUAACGAAUCCCAAUGCACGCACCUACAGCUACUAUACGAACGGCGUGGGCGUCUCUGUCGUGGAGAUCGACUGCCUGACUGGCGACCAUCAGGUGCUCAGCACGGACAUCGUCAUGGACAUUGGCUCGAGCAUCAAUCCGGCUAUUGAUAUCGGUCAGAUUGAAGGCGCCUUUAUGCAGGGCUACGGCUUGUUCACGCUCGAGGAGCUCAUCUACUCGCCCGAGGGUAAUCUCUACUCCCGCGGACCGGGCAUGUACAAGCUGCCCGGCUUCGCGGAUAUACCGAGCGAGUUCAAUGUUAGCCUGCUGACUGGCGCACCCAAUCCACGCGCUGUUUUCUCAUCAAAGGCCGUGGGAGAGCCUCCGCUUUUCAUAGGCUCUACGGUAUUCUUUGCCAUCAAGAAGGCCAUCGCUGCGGCACGCGCCGAGUGCGGCUUGAGUCCGGACUUUGAUCUGCAGGCGCCGGCCACAGCCGCACGCAUACGCAUGGCUUGCCAAGACCAAUUCACCCAGCUGAUCAAAAUGCCAGAGCCGGGCAGUUACAAGCCCUGGAAUAUAGUGCCAUAAAUCGUUUAGUUCACUUAAGCAUUUGUUACAUUUUUAAUUAA